AUGAGCACGAAAGAGGUUGUCGCUACAUCGGAGACUGUGUCUACGACGGCAGAAAAAGCAUGGGAAACAGAGAAGGGGAUUCGUAUGAUGGCAGAUUUAUUACGUGGACGUAAGGGUAUGCCCUCCCGUCAUGCUGUAGAACUGGGAAAGCGUGUUGAAUACUUUCGUGGUGAUCGGUUGGCUACAUUUUUACUGGCAAGUUCAAUGGCAAAGAAAUAUUUUCCAGAGCUUAAGACCAAGGAAGAUGUGAACUCUGUUGGUCAUGCACUGGUUGAACACAGUUUUAUUCAUCGCUCGGAGCGUGAUGCGAAGAACAAGAAGCUAUUGAAGCCAACGUCUGUACAGGAUUUUGCUCCUGAUGGCUACUACACGUGGAUGUAUGAAGGAUCCAAGACUCUUAGAAACAUUAUGACGGCAUUGUUGAUUAUUGGAUUUCUCACGAUCACAUGCUUCCCGAUUUGGCCACAAUGGGCUAAGGUAGCAUUGUGGUACGUAUCGGUCACUUUUCUGAUCUUCACUGCUAUCUUUGUAGUGAUACGCCUUUUCAUCUUUUUCAUUCUCUGGAUGAUUGGUUACGAGUACUGGCUGCUACCCAACAUCUUUGAUGACAAUCUCUCGGUCGCAGACUCGUUUGUACCGCUCUACUCGCUGCGCUCGACGGACCCAUCCGAGCGUAUUUACCGUAUCCUUGGCCUUGUUGCUUUCACAUGCUUUUCUGUAUGGGUGAUGAAUCAGCCCACGGACUUUGAUGAGUACAUGGAGUUGACAAAGCAGUUUACUGAUGACAUUUACAGUGGCAAGCUUUUGAGCGAUAUGUCACAGAAAGAUCAGGAUAACAUUGACGGCGUGAAGGUGCCGGAUCUUGAGGAUCUCCUCAAGGACGACGAAGACGAGGAUGAAGAUGCCAAGUUUGCGAAGAUCUUAGACGAGGACGAGAAAGAGAAUUUGAAAUUUUCGGAAGCGACAGAGGACGACAAGCAAGAAGUGGUAGACCGGGAUUUGUAG